GCGGCGGCGGCGCUGCUGGCUCAGACCCGUCGGGAUCGGUGGCCGCAUGGCUGCGCCCAUCUCGGGCCGCGGGGCCCGGAACCUGCUGCAGUUCCUGCGGCUGGUGGGGCAGCUCAAGAGAGUCCCACGUACUGGCUGGGUAUACAGAAAUGUCCAGAAGCCAGAGAGCGUAUCAGAUCACAUGUAUAGGAUGGCAAUUAUGGCUCUGGUGACCAAAGAUGAACAUCUUAACAAAGACCGAUGUGUACGCCUAGCCCUGGUUCAUGAUAUGGCAGAAUGCAUCGUUGGGGACAUAGCACCAGCAGAUAACAUCCCCAAAGAAGAAAAACAUAGGCGAGAAGAGGAAGCUAUGAAGCAGCUAACCCAGCUCCUCCCAGAGGGUCUCAGCAAAGAGCUCUAUGAACUUUGGGAAGAAUAUGAGACCCAAUCUAGUGCAGAAGCUAAGUUUGUGAAGCAGCUGGACCAAUGUGAAAUGAUUCUUCAGGCAUCUGAAUAUGAAGCCCUUGAGAACAAACCUGGGAGACUGCAGGACUUCUACAAUUCCACAGCAGCCCCACUACCUCUGUCCUAGACAAGGCCCUCAUUAUUUCUGUAUUGGACUGUUGUUAUAACCACCUACUUUAAUCUGCUAGGCUCAUGAGUUCAUCCUGCAUGUCUCAGUGCUUUCCUCCUUUGUAGAUACAGGUAUCAUCACCUCUUUGUUUUUUAAACGUUUGUGGCUUUCCUCUUCCUGAAAAAUAAAAUCUUGACACUUUUUAAGUCGUCUGAACAGCUCUGCAGGCCAAGGCCACUCAGCCGUCUGGUUUCCUCUCCUAACCUUCCCUGUCACAGCUGAGCGGUCCCUUCUUUUUGCUCAGCCUGCCCUGGGUCUGCAGCUUGCCUUAGCGUUGUCACAGUCCGACUUGCAUUCUCCGUAAUGAUGUUCCUCGUUGGGUUUCUUUCCAAAACCCCACUUGCCCACCCCACCCUAUCGUAAGCUGUUUGAGGGCUGAGACCAACCAGCUUUGUCUUUUCUGUCCUUGAUAUAGGUGAUGCUCAAAAUGUUUGACUUUGGUUCAGUGGAAUAAUGUUGUAAACCAGGGGUCAGCCAACUAUAGCCCGUGGGCCAAACUGGCCGCUGCUUGUUUCUAUCAAUAAAGCUUUACUGAAACAGCCACGCUCUUUCUUUCUCUGUUGUCUGUACUGCUUUCAGUGCUACAGCAGCAGAGCUGAGUAGUUGGCUGCAGAGACCAAAUAGUUCACAAAACCUAAAAUAUUUACUACCUGACUCUUUACCAAAAAAGGUUUGACCAAUAAUUGGGUUACUAGAUAGCAUAUUUCCCCAAUAAGGUAAUAAAAAUAUGUCAUGUUUAUGUUGUUCUUUGCAUUUUAAUACUAUUAUCUUCUAUUUUGGUACAUUCACAAUGAAAAAUAGAAAAUGAAACAUGAGACUACUAGUACAAUCAAAAACUAUGGGAGCUGGAAGGGUCAUCUGGUUUAAACUCCACAUUUUAUUGAGGAAGAAACUUGAGCCUGGAAAGCGAGUGAUGUGCCCACAGCUGAGUUGAGAUUAAAAUCCUCUGCACUUUCCACUCUGGUCCACUAUUUCUAGUAAAAAAUUAGUAAACUUAAACAGUGUAAAUGAUGUAAGAAAUGGUUUCUUACCAUUUCUUACCCUGGUCUGGACCAGGGUAGUAAUGGUAAAAAAAGUAAGAAGUCAGGUUCUGGAUAUAUUUUGAGUAUAGAGUCGACAGGAUUUGUGUAUGGGGUGUUUAUAAGGGGAGUCUGAGGAUUUGGGACUUUCCACUAGACAGGAAAGAUGGGGGGAAGAAUAGGUUUGGAGGAAGAAAAUCAGGGGUCCCAGAAGCCAAGGGAAGAAAGUGUUUCAAGAGGGCAGGAGUAGCCGUCAGAUUUAGCAACAUGGAGCUGAUCGGUGUCCUUGGUAAAAGCAGUUUUGGUGGAAUGAUGGUAAGUCUGACAGCAUGACUUUUAAACAGUGGGGCAGAGGGUGGCCUGGAAGCAACAAGGAGCGUGGAGGACAGGCCCUGGCCUGGUGGUAGGAGCUGCAUGAGACAGAAGACAGCCACGGCUGGAGGGGCUGCAGAGAAAGCUGUAUCCUCAGGACGAGCAGGUAUCAGUUAGGGCAAGAAAGUGAAGGGGACAUUCAGAGAAGAGACUGAGCAGAGCGAAUCAACGGAAUAGAGUUAACUGGAAUGAAGAGCAAGCAACAAAAGGCACUGGCAAGAGAAGACAGGGAAGAAGAGACGGUGGGUUUAACAGUCCCCCCAC